CAGCUCGGCAGAGGGGACGGGACGGGACGGGAGCGGCGCCCCGCGGGCCAUGCGCCUCCUGGCUACGGCGCUGGCCCUGCUGGCCACGGCCUCGGCCCCAGAUGUUUGUGAGGCUUUAAAUGUGACAGUCUCUCCUGGACCAACAGUGCAAUACUCUGAGGGGGAUAAUGCUACCCUUUACUGCCACAUUUCUCAAAAGAGAAAGACAGACAAUUUACUGGCUGUGCGGUGGGUCUUCGCUGCAUCACCUACCCAGGAGCAUCUGAUGAUCAAAAUGACAAAGUUUGGGUCUGUCCAGUAUUAUGGAAAUUAUACUCAUCAUUUUCACAAGCAAAGACUUCAUCUUCUUAAAGAGAAACAUGGAACUAUGUACAAAUUUCUUAUUUUAAGCCUUCAGCAAACAGAUCAAGGACAUUAUAUAUGCAAAGUACAGGAAAUUGGCAAACACAGAAAUAAGUGGACAGCAUGGUCAAAUGGUACAGCAGCUACUGAAAUAAGAGUGAUUUCAUCAAAAUCUUCUGAUCAUCCCACUUUCAAGAAAAACCAUGAAGCUUGGAAGUUUUUUGAAGAUCUGUACGUGUACGCAGUGUUCGUGUGCUCCAUAGGAAUCGUCAGUGUCCUCCUGUUUACACUUGUCAUUCUCUGUCAGUCCCUUCUGAACAGGAGGAGAGCCACAGUGAAGCAUUACCUGGUGAAAUGCCCCCAGAACAGCUCUGGGGAGACAGUUACCAGUGUGACAAGCAUGUCUCCCCUACAGCCUAAGAAGGUAAAGAAAAAGAAAGAGAAGGAGAAACUGGAGCAGCCACCAGCCAUCCCAGCAAAAGCUCCAAUUGCCAAUAAUUUCCCAAAGCCCAAGCUCCUGAAACCUCAAAGAAAAUUGAUCCUGCCAAAAAUCGCAGAGGAGAAUUUAACAUAUGCUGAACUUGAACUGAUGAAGCCAAUUCAGGAAGCCAAAGGCAUUUCCAGUAUGACAGUCUAUGCACAGAUACUCUUUGAGGAGAACAAGCUGUAAUGGUUCCUGCCUGUAUAAAUGUCCUUUGUCUGUGUUCUAUUUAA